UGGCUGCAAGGGUAGAGUCCACAAGAUGCCAUGUGUGAUGACAUCAGACAAUUGCCUCUUGGGGGAUGUUGCCACCCACCACAGAAUGGAGCUAAGUGUCGCCUCAGCUUCCAUAAGAAGUGCCACUACCUCUGGAUAAACAUUUUACAAGGAGGAGGGGGCCAAGGUAAGUGACUGUUCAGAGUGAUAGCAACAAGCAGCAGUGAUGGUGGUGAGGGUGGCUUCUCUCAGCGAGGGAACCACCAGAAGGCCCUCGGUGCUGGACCUCAGUGUCCGGGCAGAAUGAUGGAGGUGGAGAUGCUCCUUCAGGUAUACUGAACCGAGGCCGUUUAGGGCUUUAAAGGUCAGCACCAACACUUUGAAUUGUGCUCGGAAACGUUUCCUCUUAAAUCUAAUUAAGAUGGCCAACUUCCCCUUUUCACAUUCUAAAACGUCUCUCUAACUAUUCUGUUCUGAACCAACUUUCUCAUCCUGUCCCCAGACCUUAUCUCAUUUCUUUCUUUUUCAACCCAGUGUUUUAUUUGCCAAAACUGGGAGGUACAGGUCAGUUUGUAUUGAAAUCCACAGAAGCAGAACACCUCGAGCAUGCUUAGCACAUCCCCCCUCCAACUGUAGAAUAUGGGGCUUGAGGUGGGGGUUGGACCAACAGGUUCAACUACUUAUUUAUUUAUUUAUUUAUUUAUUUUGUUUCUUCCCUCAGGUUCAACAAUUUUGAUGGCGUAGUGUUUGUUAGUUUUACACAGAACAGACACUAAAUUGCACACAGUUUUUCUUUUCUGCACUGCCACAAUCCAAUAUGCUCAGGUACAAAUGAUUUUUGAAUAUUUGAGCCAUUUUUACAGUUGAGCAUUGUGAGAGAAACAAAACACAUCAUGUAUCAAACAGAAUUGCCAAUGAUCUUUAUGUUUUCUUUUUAUUGGCAUUUGCUUUGAAAUAACAAAUUGGCUGGCAGAUGUAAUGUUUUAUUUACAUAUUGCUUCAGUCUACUAUAAGGGGGACUGAUGGGAUUUACAUCCCAUCAGGCUGCUGAGGUUCACCCCCCCCCCAAAAAAAACCAUUGGGUCUAUCUUUCCCCCACUUUUGCUGCUGCCAAAAUUGGUGGGGUCUUAGAGUGCCAGGAAAAGAAUGACUGAGGGUGAGGAACGGAGAUAGAGAUAGAUGAUAGAUAGAUGGAUCACAUACGCAACAAACAAGUGAAAAUAAAACUCUAAAGCAAAAUAGUCAUGCUCAUAUGCAACUAGGCUGCACUUAAUGGUCCAGAUUCAUGAAAUACAGGCUUUCAGAGUCAGAUUUACAGAAGGCGGCUUCUCAGCUCUCCCAGCGCAACAUCCAUUAUACUUGGGCUUCUUGCCAUUUGCUCAAAAUGGCUUCUAUGAAUGUUGUCCAACUGACAAAUUAAAGGUCUUAGUUUCUCUUUUGGUUCUAACGAACGGCCAGCACUCCCAGCCCUUGCUAUCAGAAUGACCACUCCAAAGGAGGCAUAAUUAAGAAGAGCACUGAGCUUCAAAGCUGGUACAUGCACACAAUUUCAUAGGACUCAGUCACUUGAAGUGCUGCUCGGAAUGGCUCCUUGCUGCCACUACCAGGCACUGACCUUAACCCCUUCCUCCCUGCAAACGUAUUUGCCAGUGGUGGUGAUCCUUGCUAUGAAAGUUAUUGGCUCUGUGUUCUACAGUGGGUGGCAGCGAUAUGUGGUUCUGUGACACCUAGUAAGUUGAGCUGCACAUUAUGGACAGUUGUGGGAUUGACACACAACUGCUUCUUCCAGUGCAACACUGUGUUUCUGACAACAAACACUUCUGCUCUUAUAAAUAUGGGAAAUGGUGUGCUCGAUUGGAAGGCGCAUGUCCAUGUAUACACACGUCUCAUUUGACUGUAUAAUGUACAAUGUACAAUUUAAGCAAAAAGCAGCUAUGUUUGUUCCAUAUAAGAAUGGGAAACGACGUAGAGAUUUAAAUCUCAGCCUGUUUAAAAGACCCCAAUGUGCAACCUUGAUAAGGAUUGCAGUCAAUUAACAUAGUUAUCAGCCAAAUGCAUAUGGUCUAGGCUGAAACAAGGCCACUGUCUCCUAUACUCGUACAUAAUUCUCUGCUGAAAGUAAUCACAUGGUAGCCAUGGUUACACAGCAUAGAUAAGAGCUGUAAUUUUUGUCUAACAAUGUCAGAAAUGGGAAUGAAUUCAGAAAUGUCUGAUUUCCUUUGUGCACAUGAGCAUGCGCGUGCACGCACACACAUACUCCUGUUCUGGAUUUAUUUUCAUUUAUUACUCUCUUGUCACACAGAGGCUUUAAAAAUAGCUAAAUAAAAAUAUGUGUCCAUGUUUAGUUUUAAAGACAACAACAACACAUAACACAAGGUGCAAUAGUUGCCACAGCACAAAUUGAUUAUUAUUUUUCCUAAAAUGAGAAGCCCAAGCCAUUUAAAGACAACUGUUUCAAAAAAAUUUAAAAGCACCAUGUGCAACACUCAUCCAAAGCCAGCUUAUCAGAAGCGCAACAAGUGACAAUACAUCAGCUGGCACAAAUUCAGUUGACGACUUCUGGUUAUGAGCAAGCUUGUAAUCCAAAUACACGCCUACAUGAAAGUCCAGUUGAACCAAAUUAGACUUGAUCCUGAGUAAGCCUGCAUAGCAUAGGAGUCCCAAGUACUGGAAAUGCAGUGUUUCCCACCCCACCCUGGGUUAUACAUCUGUAUGCUUAUCAAGUUGUAUAGAAAUACUCUCCCCUCAAAUCAUCCUAUGCACCAGUAUCAGCAGAGUCUGAAAACACUGAAGAUUAGAAACUAGUAGAAGAGAAACGGUGGCUCUUGGACAGGAAUGAUGUGUGCUGGGUGAUUUAUCUAUUUGGCCAAUCCAUAGUCUAAAGCAGGGUUUCCCAAACUUAGGUCACCAGCUGUUUUUGUACUACAACUCCCAUCAUCCCUAACUACAAGGACCAGCAGUCAGGGAUGGUGGGAGUUGUAGUCGAAAAACAGCUGAUGAUCCAAGUUUGGGAAACCCAAGUUUGACUCUAAAGCCUGCGUCCACAUGGUUGAGUCUCAUACCAGUCCAUCUAACUAAAAACUGACUACUCCAGGUGCCAGUGGCUCUCCAAAGGCUCAAACAGAGGAUCACUCAGAUGCCUCUUCCCUGAGCAUUUGCUAACUGGAAAUGCCAAGGAUUGAAACUCGAGAACUUGAGAACUUCUACAUGCAAAACACGUGCUCCAUCACUGAACUACGAUUAAGCAAAAUGGGAAAAAAUCCAAUUGACUCCACCCUUUAAAGGAGGGUGGUACACACAUGUGGUAAAUAUAUACAUGGACUUAAAUGAGGAAAGAUCAGGGUUAGGUCACCUUCAGGAGCUACUUUACCUCUCCCCAGGGGUUUAGCUCGGCCAGUGCACUCUCAAGGGGAAAUUUUUAUAGUCUGGAGAAUAUGGCAUCAGCAGAUUGAAUUGCUGUUAUUGAUUCAGCUACACAGUGAGGUUACCCAAAUGCACAACCAAAGAAGAGUUAAUCAGAGAUGGCAGCACUUGGCGGUGAGAUAGGAUGUUACUUCAGAUAGAUUUAGAUACCACAGAAAGCAAAGGGUCACCCCCUGCUUUUUUUUUGCUUGUCAAGUUUUAUGUGUGUCAAAUUCAUUUGCAAACCCCAUAACCACUCUCCAAAUUAAACCAAGAUGCUCAAAAGGAGGGGUGGGGUGUAAAAUAAAGAAAAAAGAAAAUGCAUCUUAUUUCAUAAACGUGAAGCAUUGUGGGGAACUCAGUCUAUUUAAAUCUUACCUAUUUGUAGACCAUUUUUCUAUGCUACACAGCAGUGUUGGCCAAAAUUGGGCAAAGCCACAAGACUUUACUCCAAAAUUAUCUGCAUCUACUGAAAUUACUUAAUGCACAUGCUGCAGGAAAUGAUGUUUUAAUCCAAAAUGAAAACUUCAGUCAGUUUACAAAAGGGGGGAAAUGAUCGUGGAAAGAGGUGUAUAUCACACUUAUACCCAAAACAGAGACUGAAAAGACUCAGCUUAAGAACUAUCGCCCUAUAUCGUUACUUAAUGUGGAUUACAAAAUUUUUGCAGACAUUUUGGCCAAGAGAUUGAAAAAAGUAUUGAUGAAAGAGAUUCAUAAAGACCAAGCGGGCUUUCUCCGGGAAGACACUUGUCUGAUAAUUUGAGGAAUAUAAUUGAUAUUUUGGAAAAAUUAGAAGUGAAUAUAAACACCAAAGCAGUAUUGAUAUUUGUUGACGUGGAGAAAGCUUUUGAUAAUAUCUCUUGGAGUUUUAUGAAGAAGAAUCUGCAUGGGAUGGGGGUAGGCCAAGGUUUUGAAAAUGGUAUAGGUGCAAUAUACUCUGAACAAAAGGCUAAAUUAAUUGUAAAUAAUGUGGUUACGGAAGAAUUUAAGAUAGAAAAAGGGACACGACAGGGGUGCCCAAUUUCCCCACUGCUUUUUAUAUCGGUCCUGGAGGUUUUGCUAAACAUGAUUAGAAAGGACCGGUUGGUUAAGGGCAUACAGGUCGGAGCUAAACAGUACAAACUGAGAGCAUUUGCAGAUGACUUAGUAUUGACGUUACAGGAGCCAGAAUCUAGUACUAAAAGAGUUUUAGAAUUAAUUCAGGAAUUUGGUCAGGUGGCAGGUUUUAAAUUGAACAAGUUAAAAACUAAGGUUUUAGAGAAAAACUUAACACCAAUUGAAAGAGAGAGGUUUCAGAAUGAGACAGGAUUGAAUGUGGUAAAGAAAGUGAAAUACUUGGGGAUUAAUAUGACAGCCAAAAAUGGGAACUUAUUUAAAGAUAAUUACGAAAAAUGUUGGACGGAAGUGAAAAAGAUUUAGAAAUUUGGUCAAAUUUGAAACUCUCGUUGCUGGGCCGUAUUGCUGUGAUAAAGAUGAAUGUAUUGCCUAGAAUGUUGUUUUUGUUUCAGACAUUACAAAUUGUAGAUAAGAUGGACUGUUUCAAGAAGUGGCAGAGAGAUAUUUCUAGAUUUGUCUGGCAGGGCAAGAAGCCCAGAAUAAAAUUUAAGAUAUUAACUGAUGCCAAGGAAAGAGGUGGAUUUGCCCUGCCAGACCUUAAACUUUAUUAUGAAUCAGCAGCUUUUUGCUGGCUGAAAGAAUGGCUACUUCUUGAAAACACAGACAUUUUGGAUCUAGAAGGUUUUAACAAUGUAUUUGGAUGGCAUGCAUAUUUAUGGUAUGAUAAGGUCAAAGCACACAAAGCAUUCAAAAACCAUAUUGUUAGGAAAGCAUUGUUUAAUGUUUGGAUAAGAUACAAAGACUUAUUGGAAAAUAAAACCCCAAGGUGGCUGUCACCAAUGGAAGCAAAAGCUCUGAAAAGGCUCAAUAUGGAGUCCAAAUGGCCGACAUAUUGGGAAAUUUUGGAGCAAGAAGGAGAUAAAUUGAGAUUGCAGAGUUUUGAAAAAUUAAAAAAUAAAGUGAGAGAUUGGCUCCACUACUAUCAGAUAAUGGAGGCAUAUAAUUUGGAUAAGAAAAUAGGCUUCCAAGUGGAAAAGUCAAAAUUAGAAACAGAAUUGUUAGAACCCAAAACUAAAAAUUUGUCAAGAAUGUAUAACUUGCUGUUGAAAUGGAAUACUCAGGAUGAAACGGUGAAAUCUGCUAUGAUUAAAUGGGCACAAGAUGUUGGACAUAAUAUUAUGUUCGCUGACUGGGAACAGUUAUGGACCACAGGUAUGAAGUUUACGGCAUGUAAUGCCUUAAGAGAGAAUAUUAUGAAAAUGAUAUACAGGUGGUACAUGACCCCAGUCAAGCUUGCAAAAAUUUAUCAUUUGCCCGAUAAUAAAUGUUGGAAAUGUAAAGAAACUGAAGGUACAUUCUUUCACCUUUGGUGGACGUGCCCAAAGAUUAAGGCUUUCUGGGAAAUGAUAUAUAAUGAACUGAAAAAGGUAUUUAAAUAUACCUUUCUGAAGAAACCAGAGGCCUUUCUCUUGGGCAUUGUCGGCCAACUGGUGCCAAAGAAGGACAGAACCUUUUUCAUGUAUGCUACAACAGCAGCAAGAAUACUUAUCGCAAAGUAUUGGAAGACACAAGAUCUACCCACUUUGGAAGAAUGGCAGAUGAAGGUGAUUGACUACAUGGAAUUGGCGGAAAUGACUGGCAGAAUCCGAGACCAGGGAGAAGAGUCGGUGAAAGAAGACUGGAAGAAAUUUAAGGACUAUUUACAGAAAUAUUGCAAAAUUAAGGAACUUUAGGAAGAUGUUGGAUAGAAACUAAGAGGUUUUUAGCUGUAAUGCUUUAAGAGACAUGGAAAAAAAAGGUUAACAAUUGGGUAAAAGAUUAAUGGUAAGGAUUUGCUGAACCAACAAAUUGAAUUGGAAUACAAAGAAGGGAGGUAUGAGGAGGUCCGGGAAAUAAGAGUAAGGAAGAUAGGUUAUGGAACAUUAUUGUGUUUUUAACUGUUUUAUUUUGUACGUUUUUUCUUAUUUUCUACUUUUUUGCUGUAUUUUUAAACUUUAUACUUUUUUCUUUGUUUUGUAUUUUCAUGUAUUUUUGUGAAACUUUAAUAAAUAUCAUUAUAAAAAAAAACAAAAGGGGGGAAAUGAAGCACAAAUUCAAAGUUAGAACCUUUCUAGUUUAACUUUAAAAAUGAUACAGGGGUGUGUAAUGAUGUGAUUUCAUCACAUUAAUUGGUACACUGAGUAGGUGACUGGAGUUCAUGCUAUUUUUUGUCGGGCAUUUCACAGUAGAUGGACUGUGAAAAACAGGAGCAAUUCUAAAUAAGAAUGCGCAUAACACACUGUCAUACAAACCACUCUGCAAAAGUGCUUAGGUUCUUGUCUACUAUUCCUACACACUGUCUGCCCUCCACUUUUAUUCUCACAACAGCCCUACAAAAUGCCACUAUUUUAAUAGUGGAGGGUUGAAGGGAAAUGAUCACAAAAGAUGCCCAAGUCUCAGUGAUUGUUGACAAGAAUAAAGAUACAUGAUGGAACUCCCCAAACUGGUUAUUCCAAGGAAAGAACUACAUGCCACAAGAAAUGCAAGGCUGCUGUUGAAAAUGGCAUUUCCCUGUUGAGUUCCAUCCUCCUGCUCCAUAAUAUAUUAUACAAACAAUGCAGUAUCUGGGUGUCUCAACUUUCUCCACAUUUUGGCAGCUGCCACACUAUUUAAUGACUAUAGGUCACAGGUUAAAUUCUGCCAGAUUUUACAAAACCACAGAGGGGGUUUGAUUUGGUCCAGAGCUGCCGUUUUCCAUAGAAGGGCCGUGCUGCUUUUAAGCAUUCAGUUCCACGCUGAAACGGUUCCUACUGAAGUUAUUUGAGAACUGUGGCCAGAAGCAGUUUGUCCUGUGAUACCACACAGAACGUGUCUUAACGCCACUCACUCUGCUAGAAAGAGACAGGUAGACCAGCCAAUGACCCCUGGAGCUCAGGGACGUGUAGGAGGAGAAAAGGGUCAAGAAGGGCUUUGAGAAGACGUUGGCGGCAUUGAGGAAUUUCCUUGACUUAGCCAGUCAUGGAGACGUGCACAUAUAUUGUUCUGGGCAGGGAGUCCUAAAAGUUUAAUGACAGGCAUUCUGGGUAUUUGCAUCACCGUUGUGCACAGAGGAGGGGGAGGAAUAAGAGACUGCACAACAGGGGGCAGAGACCUGCCUCUAUGAUGGAUGAAACCUCCAAACACAAAUGUGUACCAGGUGUUUCAACAGAGGUACAGCUAAGUUCCGUUAAGAGGCUCGUUCCCCACUGCCAGCUCACGAAGAGGUGGAGAGGGAAAGGCUAUUAGAAACAGCACCAAAAUUAUACAUGCGCAAAAGUGGAGUAGUUGGAAGGCGUUAGAAACAUGGAUGCAGAAUCGCAUUGCAACUGAACUCAUUCACAGCCUGACUACAAACGAUUAAGGUGUGUUUUUCAAGCCUCGAAGGGUCAGGGCUUUGCACAAGAGUUAUUUAUGGUAGUCUAAAUUAAGGACACAGCCUCAGGACAUCCCUUCCCCCUUAGCCUGGCUUGAAGGGUCACACAGGCUUCUCUCAGCAAGAGCACAAUGGUUAUGACAGCCCAUUAUAGGGACCAAAUAAAAUACUCCUACAAUGUAACCCACCCCUCCUCAGUUGCUGGGAGCGGGGAGUGUUUUACUCCCCAACCCCAGUGCCUUACAAUUGGGACAAAAGGCCAGACAUCUCACUGCUCUUCCUAAUCAUGGCAAUGCCAGAGGGUGGAGUGUCCAAGCUGGGGUUUUUCUCUGCAAGCCUUUAAGUAAAGCAGAGUUCCUCACAUGAGUUCCUCCCUAACAUCCAUCCUUCUGUGUAUGUGUAUGUGUAUGUGCAUGUGCAUGUGCAUGUGAUAUGCACAUCCCUAGGGCCAGACAACAACCUGUUCAUAUUUGUUUUCUCUUAUUUGCCAGGAACCCCAAAUGCUUUUAUUGCAAUAGGAAGGGCUAAAUAUAAUGGUUUGAGAACUCUUGGGGUAAAUGCCAUGUUUUGCUCCUGGCAGUGAAAGAGAGGAAAAAAUGUCAAGAGCUUCUCUGUCUGGCUGUAAAGCAGAUAGAUCUCUGAAGGCUUGAACUGAGUGUGCCUUACCCGGUCACCGUGAUAAUAAAAGAAAAAGACUCGUGACAGUAAAAUGUCCAGGCUUGAACUGGCUUUUUAUCUUUGCUUUUGUGCAGAAAAUGAAGCUAUCUGUUUCUUCCAUUCUUGUCAGCCACUGGUUCUAAUGAUUGCACAUAGCGGCAAUGCAUUCUGAGUAACUAGAAGGGAAAGAUGGAGGUGCCUGCAGUUGUUUAUGCUGCUCAGCACAGUAAUCUGUAGUGAAAAAUAAACAAGACAAAGGGCUUCUCUAAGAUAUUUGCCUAGAAAAUUCCAUGGGCGUAUAUCGAAACACUGUAAUUUCUAGAACUAAUGGUUUGCCACUAGCCACUGACUGACAGCACCUAAGAGAUAAUGGCUCCAAUUACCUAUUUAAUAAUGCAAUAUUUUUUGUUUUUUAUGGCAUAUGUAUCAAGGUUCAUCAGAAUAUGGCACAAUGUUAAGUAUGCUGUAAGCCAUCCUAUUUUGCAAGCAGCUGCUGCUGGGCUUUUCUUAUAUGAACAGUUACCUUUCAAUUUGAGACAAAAAGAAAAAGGGAGAAAAGGAUCUGCUAUUGGAGGCUGGGGGGUGGGCACUGGGGUGAACAUGCUCAAGAACAUGGUCCCCUAGCAUUUUUACCAACUGGAGCAAUACAUUAAUGUGGUUUGGUUGUUUGGUCUGUAGGCACCAGGACAUGUGCUUAGGACCAAGACUCUGACUUAGAAUUGACUUUGUACCAACAGGACCCCUGCGUCAGGCUCUACCUAGUAACAGAGCCUGGCCACAGACAAUGAGACAACGGCCCUCUGCUGCAACCACACUCUGGAAGCUGGUUUGCUCUACGCAGAAGGGGAAGCUUGAGGAUUCUUCAACCUUAACCUCCAAAUCUAAAAACACUCCCUUAUUAUUAGUGUCUGCAUUCAAAUAGGGCAAUGGCAAUUAUAUACAUUUUUGGAUGUUAGUAGAGGGACUGGCACUGGUCUUAUUGGCUAAAUGGAACGGUGCCAACCCUGUACCAAACUUAGGUGACAAUCUGUAUAUAAAUCCUUUCCAAUAUAGCCCAAAAACAUAGCCCCAAAGCAGUUACUUUUGCAAUACCACCAACUGCCUCAGGAGGGUCAAAGUGAGUUACCUGAGGGUCUAGCUGAAUGAGUUACCUAAGGGUCAAGCUGAACGGUGCGAGUAAUCUCUCACCUUUUAGCUUGAAAGGGGGGAAUGUGGUGGUGGUCCAAAGGGCCAUAAUGAAUGUGAUAACGUGAACCCCUAUAAAUUCUUGAGUGUGCUUCUAAUACAGAAGUUAUGGUAACCUGUUGCUUUAUGAAACUGACGAUUUUGCAAGUUGCCACCCCCACUGGGGCAGAAGUACAGUUAAAUAUGUGAAUCCCAAAGAUAAAGCUCAUAAACUAGAACAUAAGUUGAUCCAUGGUGCAAAUGGCUACGCGUAACACAGGUUCCCAACAUGCACACUAACACACUGUAACAGAUCACAGUGAGAAUCAAAGCUUAGUUAGCAAUGCUUAUUGCGCAUGUGUAUUAAACAUGAAAUGAGGUAAUGAUGUACAUGAUCGGUGAAAAUUGAAAUCCUUUGUUUGAAAUGUUAUAAAUACCACUGCCUGGACCCCUGGGUGUGGUUGUAGUUUUGCGAAACAAUUUGAAACUGUAACCUACUGCCUAGCAAUAAACAACAAUGGACUCCUAA